AAUGGCGCAGAACUGCAGAAGGAGAAGCUCCACACACACUUAGGCUAUUGAUGCUUAUCCAAUUUCUCUCUAAUUUUCCUAAUUGUGAUUUAGACAAACUUGAACAGCUCGACUCCUGGAAGUAGCCUAUUUUCCUGCGCUGUGAUCUUUACAGUAAUCGAUACACUAAUGGCGACGGGGUCUGACACUCCUCCCGAUCUGAGGAUUGUGCUGUUGGGUAAAACUGGAUCAGGAAAGAGUUCAACGGGAAACACCAUCAUCGGCGACUGUAAGUUUAAUGAAGGUGUGUCCCCUGAGUCUGUUACUAGACACUGUCAAAGACAUGUGACUAAAGUGGAGGAUAAAACCAUCUCAGUGAUCGACACUCCAGGACUAUAUGAUACGGAAAUGAGUGAAGAAGAACUGAAGAAAGAGAUCGAGAAGUGCAUCUACAUGACUGCUCCUGGUCCUCAUGUGUUUCUGCUGGUCAUCAGAGUGGGCGUGAGAUUCACAAAAGAAGAGAAGAAAACAGUGAAAUGGAUCCAGAAACACUUUGGAGAAAAAGCUUCUCAUCACACCAUCAUUCUGUUCACUCACGCUGAUCUGAAGAAGCUUUCAUUAGAAGAAUAUAUCAGUAAAAGUAAUGAUCUCAAGGCUAUCGUUAAUGAGUGCGGUGGCAGAUUUCACUCAUUCAACAAUGAAGACAAGAGUAAUCGCUCUCAGGUCACAGAACUGCUGCAGAAGAUUGAUGAAAUGGUAAGGAUCAAUGGAGGACAGCACUACACCAAUGAGAGAUUUCAAGAAGCCCAGAGACGGAUUGAACAAAAACUGAAAGACAAUAUGCAAACAGCACUAACAGCGACAGGAGGUGGGGUAGUGGUAGUAGGAGCAGCAGUGGGAGGGGCAGCAGUAGGAGCGGCAUUAGUACUAGUAGGAGUAGGAUUAGGAUUGCUAGUAGGAGGAUCAGCAGCCGGAGUGUUUGUAGGAGGAGUAUCAGCAGUAGGACUGGUAGUAGGAGGAGCGGGAGCAGGG